AUGGCCAAACGAGAGGAAUUCCUCCUAGACGGCAAUGACGAUCUCCGCAUGGUCGUUCUAGGGCGCGAAUUCGUUGUUUGCUCCCGAGCCGUCUCCCGCGCAAGCCCCGUCUUCAGUUGCAUGCUGAACGGCAGCUGGGCUGAGGCUCGCCCCAGCGACCCUUCCAAGGCUUGGAUAGUGGACUUGCCCGACGACGAUGCCGAAGCUGCGACGGUGCUGCUGGCCGUCGCCCAUUCCCGUCUCGACCUCGUCCCCGCCCUCCCACAUUUGUACCGCCUCCACCAAAUCCUCGUCUUUUCUGACAAAUACGACAUGACAAAGAGUCUUCGGCCGUGGGCCAUUAGUAGUACCGGAUCGGUCAAAGACCCGUUUUGCGCCAUCAUCGGGGUGGCCUGGGAGCUCGGCGCCCCGGAGGGGCUUCGCGCGAUUGCAACCCACAUGCAGUUCCAUUGCGACUUGAACUGCUCCGGCCGGCUGGCCAUGCCCAUGACGGGAUAUCCUGUUGAGCCGACACCAGAGAUGCCUCUCAUGCCACCUAUGCUCCUGAGUAAGCAUUUGUGUUGA